AGCAUGGACUCGAACAAUAGUAGACCUGGCAAGCGUCCUCCUAUACACACAAUGCAAAACUAUGUCUAAGCUCUGCAAGAGCCAAGUGUCACACUUUUUUACAGCAAGCGCGGGGCAGGAGUCGGGCUGGCUCAGGCUCGUGGGACGUUCUGAUGGGCUUGGUUUUCCGGAAAGCCACGCAGUCGGCUGCACUUGUGCUAGCCCUGCUGGGAUGGGUUUUAGCCUGCCUUACAAACUACUUGCCCCACUGGAAGAACCUCAACCUGGACCUGAAUGAGAUGGAAAACUGGACCAUGGGGCUCUGGAAAACCUGUGUCAUCCAGGAGGAAGUGGGGAGGGAAUGCAAGGACUUUGACUCCUUCCUGGCCUUGCCAGCUGAACUCCAGAUCUCCAGGAUCCUGAUGUCUCUGUCGAAUGGGCUGGGGCUGCUGGGACUGCUGGGCUCUGGCUGCGGCCUGGACUGCUGGAGGCUCGGAGAGAGCCAGAAGGGUCUGAAGAGGCGGCUGCUCAUCCUGGGAGGGCUCCUGCUCUGGACUUCGGGCAUGAUGGUCCUGGUUCCUGUCUCCUGGGUGGCCCACGUGACGGUUCAGGAGUUCUGGGAUGAGACCCUGCCUGAGAUUAUGCCCAGGUGGGAGUUUGGGGAGGCCCUUUUCCUCGGGUGGUUUGCUGGCUUCUGCCUGGUGCUCGGAGGGUGCCUGCUCCACUGUGCAGCCUGCUGGAGCCCGGCUGCCCCCGCCUCGGGUCGCUAUGCAGUGGCAGGAUUGCAAGACCACUGUCAGCAGCUGGAGCUGAGACACGCCAGCCCAGAAAUCUAAGCCAGAGGGAUCAGUGUGGCCUUUCUGCUCUUCAGCAGGCGCUCGCUCCAGCCGGACUUGGUAGGAUCUCCUGCUAAAAUCACCCCUACUCAGUGUGAUUUUGAGUUUCUGAAAUGCGUACUUCCUUUCUGUGACUAUUAACUUUAUCAAAUACAAUUUCUUUCUACAAUUGCGUAUUUUCUCUUUGGAGCCAGAUGAAUCAGGACCUUUUAAUGUCAUUAGUGAGCUUGAGAACUUUGUCAACCUUUAAAAUAGGCUCUGAUUGCACACACACAGGGAAUGAGUAAACUAAACAUCAUUAUGAGCGCUUUUGUGGCUCUGAAAGGAUCCUUCACAUUGAGAGGAGUCAUGUGGGAAACAGACGUGAUGUUGACCAUGUACUUUCGGGUAUCUAAAGUAACGUAUGAAACUAAGAUCUCAGUGGAUACCUAUUUAAAAUACAUGACAACCGAGGACAGUAAAAGCAACAACAAAAACAAAACACUUGCUUGGUCCUUAAAGGACUCAAUGGAACGCCUCCUUUUCAGAGACCUCUCUCUAGAGAGUUCUUUCCACAUCAGAAACAUCCAUGCCUGCCUCUGAACAGAGCAGUUCUCAUGGAUUCUGGGAACUCAGGUAGAAUUUGCCACACCAAAGUGCACCUCCUUCUGUCCCUGUGUGGUGGGGUAGAAUGUCCUGCCUGCUUUGGCUCUGCGGCAGAGGUCGGGACUGGCGUGUGUGGGUGGGCACAGUGCCUCCUGGGACGGCGGCCUCCUUUGGAAGAACACAGCCAGCACUGAUAGUGUAGCCGGGGCCCACAGACGUAUCAGCCCUUGUUUCCCUGGAGGAGUGAGAAUAUCCCAUCUCAUUUAUCCUUGAGAUCUACAGUCUAAUCAAGAACUGCUCAUGACAAAUUUUUGGCCUGAGGAAUUCUUCAUGGAACAUUUUAUAUUUGCUUGGUACAUGGUUCAAGUAGAUUCUUGUAGUUGUGCCAUCAGGGAAAUUAGCUGAACAAUAAGCAACACUAAAAUACAGUAUUAGGAAAUAUGUAUCCUUGUUUUUUUAAAAAAGUACUGGAUGUGUUUCCAUAAACACAUGGAAAGUGCAGCAGGGGAAGACAGUCCGUGUGAUGAAUUUGAACACUUUUACACAUAGCACAGAUGAGGACAGAAGCAUAUGCAGGAUUCAACCUGAUUAAACAUUUCGUUCAGUCCUGAGCUUCUCAUAGUUAAUAUAAUAUAAAUUCAUAGCAAAAAAUACUUUUAAAAAGUAUUUAAUUUGUAUCCUACAGAGACUCAGCUAAACUUUGUUCAUUUGGCAAGUAAUACUCUUUUUGUAUCGGUAACACUUAAAAGUCUGAUAUAUAGAGCUGUAAUAAUAUACUGAUAAUCCAAACUUGAGAGCUAAAUAUUAAAUUCUUUUUAUCCUGUCCAGAAUAAAUUCUACCUUUAAAAAUAUUUUUAAUAACAUUAAAAUUUUUAUUUGUCCAUAUGGUUUUGUGACUGAGUUAGUAAGAUGAUUUUGAAUCGUGGGUUAAUACAAAUGUGGCAGCCUAUGUCAAGCUGCGUGUAAUCCACAACACUAUUGCUGACUUGAAUGUGGGGAAAGGAUUCUACUGGAAUGAGCUUCUCUGUCAUAUUAGAAAUGAGCAUGUUUUGUAAAAUCCAACCAAAGCACCCCAGUCACAACUGUGAGCUACCAGCCUGAGACACACUUUAUUCUUUAGUACUCAUCUGAGACUUUGUGUAUUACAAAAAGUUAGCAAUAAAACUGAUGAAGAUCAUAAAGCUGUAAUACUCCAAUAUAGCCUCUUGUAAGCCCAACAUUUAAGAUGGCCAGAACCGAACUAUAUAUUAAACAACAUAAAUAAGACCGUAAAUAAAUAAAUGAAAAUAAAAUCGUACGGUACAACUACACAAAAUUCUACGGACAAGUCCGUGGGCCAAACCCUGUUGCUGAAGACAGCUGACCUUUAUUUAGCACUGCAUUAAAUAAACCUCUGCUGGUCACAGUUGACCUGGACGGGGCGGGGAGGGGGGCACUCCAGCUUCCUCCAGUCACCUGCAGGGCAAACGGGGCUCAGUCUGCCACCAGGCUGUUUUUUGCUCCAAGGGCUGUCACGUCCAGUUACAUCUUCUAAGAAGCUGGGAGUAAGCUGUGGGACACUUAGGGGAGACACGGCUGGAGUUUUCAGUGCGGUAACUGACAACUCAAGUUCUGGCCGAGGAUACAUUUUGAUUCUGAUAGAAUGAACUUUCUAAAAUCUGCAUAGAUUCAGGAAAAUAAAAAUUUUCUUACUAAUGGGGAUUCCAGCAGAACAUAACUCUUUUUAAAACAGAGUUUUCUUGCCUAACUUUCUUUUUAAAAUUCCUAUAAAAUUAUUUUGCAUUAAAAAAAUAAAAAUAAUUUAGCUUGCUAUAUAAGAUGGCUCACCAAAACACGGCUUCUUCCAGUAUGACAGACUACGUAAGUAUGGUUUAAAUUACCUAAAAACUAUGUAUUUCAACACUUUUAUGCUGAGUCUUUUUCUUUCCUCUCCCUUUCUUUUUUUCUUUUGUUCUUCUUUUUAAAAAGAAGUGCCCUAUUCUGGUAAGUUAAAACCUACCUGGAGAAUAGGACACUUUGACCAAUUUCUAUCUCAAGUUUGUUUCCCAAAUAUGUAUGUUUAAGUGACCCAGUCCACGCUCUCAGCACCCUCAAGCAUACCCUGUGUUUUCACGUCCGACUGCUAUGAAUCACUGAGAAUCCCCUACGGAUGACAGCGCAAGAGUUCCUGGUAAGCCCGGAAACCUGUGGGCUAACUGUUCUCUCCGGCCAGCUUGAUCUCAUUAAGAUGCGCCCUGUCCUCCGAUUUCACCUAAUGUCCCCGCAGCACCCCAUGCGCUGCCAUCUUGGGCCUCACCUGUGGGUGUGUCCCCUCCGCGCUGCCUACACUGUCACCAGAGCCCAGGGCCACCUCCCGCUUCUCUGUGGCAUUGCCUUUAUCCGUAGGGCCAGAAAGACAGCCCUGCAGGCUCAGAUAGCGUUAAAAGCAGAGGCUACAUAAGCAUUAGUUGCGUUUCCUCAGUGUGUUUUUGGGAACUGGUGCCCCCUUCCCUUUCGUUCCAACCACAGCUCUCUACAGUAGGCCUAUACCUUGACUUUUCAUGUUCUUGGAUUCAGCAUUUCACAUGUUUUGUUUUCUCCAGACAGGUUUAGGAGGGCCAGACCCAGCUGACGGAAGGGACACGCCUGUUUCGGGUGGACUCAGGGCGAUGCUUGCUUGCGAGCACCUUCAGUGGGGAAGUGUGGCUUUCUAGCUCAGGACUCUGGUUUGGUGCGAGCAGUUUCCCGGGUUCCUGCACGGCUGCCUCCCGCAGUGGGCUCAGCAGGCAGACGCUGGGCACCUGCAGCCUCUGUUCCACUUUGCACAGUGAAACCCAGGGGUCGCGCACACACACUGCGCCACACGUGGGGAUCAGAUCACCCCGUUUCCGUCCUGUGAAUUCUUUUUCCUUCGCAAAGCACGUAAGAGUUACAUUCAAAGGAGUUUACAGAUUAACCUGAUGAAACUGUGGGAAACUGAAGUUCUUCAAGAGUUGACAGUUAGGUUACAGGCAUCAAAAGCCCCGCCCCCC